AUGACACGACUCAAGACGCUUCACGCAGCCUUGGGCCUCCUCAUCGGCGUCAUGGCCACACUCUCGUCGGCUGCUCCUCCGUAUAUGUCCUUCUCGUUCUGGCCCAUGAACACAAGUUCAGGUGUUCAUGCUCAACCGACUAGCACGAUCCAUUCGCACACCUGGACCCUGAACUCGAGCCUUAGCUUCCACACUUCUCCCACUGGCACGACUCGUUCGCAGACCACAAUCAGCCGAGUUACCAGCGGUGGGGGUCAAGAAGUCACAUUUCAACUCGACUACAACUUCGCAGGCCAUCAGUUGGGAUCGAGCUUUGGCCUUGGACAAGAUGCUUGCAUUGAAGGAUUUACUCAUGCGCUGUCGUAUUGCGAUGACAAGGAUGGCAAUCUUUUUCAGAAUGGACUGGUUCACGCUUCGGUUCAGGCUGUCCCGGUGACUUUCUUGACUUUUGUGGUGGAGAGUGGCAGUGAGAAGCGAUCUGUUCGCAGUGAAGCUCGCGAAGCUUUGGAGCAACAAGGCCCAUGUCAUGGCGACGGAGUUGGAAGAGGUUUCUGA